AUGGAACAACCAUCAGAAGACUUUAUAGAUAUUAUUAUCAUUUUGGCAAGAGAAGUUGCACUCAAACAAAUCAGAAAAAUUAAUAAUAUAGAUAAUAGCAAAUAUGUAUUAAAGAAAGAGAUAAAAGCAACAUUUAUAGAGUGUUUAGAGUCUGAUAGUGAUAAAGUAGUAUCAUGUUUACUUUAUUUAAUGAUAAAUGGUACUUUUGUCGUUAUUAAAUCUUAUUCAAUGCGAUUACUUGCUAGACUAUUUAUGAAAAAAGAAUAUUUGUUAGAGUUGUUGUCAGAUGGAACUGUGAAUGCUCUCAAGGUCGAAACAGUCAAGUUGGUAAAGAUAACCCCCACACCUGAUUUGUAUCAUAUCAUUGCAAAUCUUGCAAAUUAUUUAUUACCAAGAGGGCUUUGGAAGGAAUUAGAAUCAAUAAUAGAAGAUGCAAUGAUAGAUGUAACAUCACCAUUUAAUCAAUACGCGGCAACAUUGCAACAAGAAGUGUUGUCAAAGUAUGAGAUGAAAUUGGAAGAGAUCAAGGCUGGUGGAUUGACCGAUGACCAGUAUCGAUCAUUCAUGCCCCAACUUUUAGAAAAGAUUUCACAUAUGGAUGGAUCGAGAAAAGAAGGAGAAUUUAUGGAAAAGAUUAUAGACAAUUUGGUCAAUAUCUAUAUGGACGACUAUCCAGAAUGGAUGCAAGAAUUAAUUCAACCAAUAAUUGACAUGUUGAUUAAAAUGUUGGAUAGAAAUCGUGAAAAGUUAUUCUUGACCAAAAGCAUUAAAAGUGUGGUCGUUCACUUUUUAUUGCUCAUUGCCCAAAAUGACGCACAAGAGUUGACAGAUAGUCAUCUUGAAAGAAUCAUCAAUCAUUUGUAUGAGUGGUUGAUUCAAGUCGAUCAGGUGUCAUUGGAAGAAUGGACUGAUAACUAUUACACCGCAUAUAACAAUGUUGCCAACUUAAAUUACAAUGAAGAACAAGAUAGUGAUAUCAAUAAUGAUAAUUACGAUGGUCAACUGGUUGAUGCAGAAUCUGCUUUUGAACGAUUUGUCAGUGCACUUGGUCAAAGUGUCGAGGAAUCAGUUUUUAAACGAAAAAAUUGUAGAUUUUUAAUUACAAACAUACCCGUUCAAUUUCCAUUAUUUUUAAAGACAGUAUUAAAAUUUGUUAAUGAUGAAAAUAUCAAAGUUAGAUGGGCAUCAUUACAAUGUUUAGUUGAAUUAUCAAUUUAUAAAGAAUUUAUUUAUUUAUCAAAGAUACAAUCAAAUCAAAUUGUGAUGAUGGAGAAACCAUCAGAAGACUUUGUAGACAUAGUUAUAAAAUUAGCAAGAGAAGAUACAAAGAAGCAAAUUACAUUAAAGAAUGAUACUAAUAACACUUACAAAUAUAUUGUAAAGAGAGUUACUAAACAAUCAUAUAAAGAGUGUUAUGAACCUAAUCAAGUAGUAUCAUGGUUACUCUAUUUAAUGAUAAAGGCUACUUUUGAAAUUAUUAAACAGAAAUCAUUUCAGUUGCUUUUUAGAUUGGUUAAAAAAGCUUACUUUCUAGAAUCAUUGUCAAAAGAGAUAGUAGAAGUAGUCAAGGUUGAAACUAUCGAGUUGCUAAAGACUGAUCUUACAUCAUCUAGUUCAACUAGAUAUCAUGUAUUUUAUCAUUUGCUUGGUAUCAUUAAAUCACUUGCAAUUUAUUUAUUACCAAGAGGUGGUUGGGAUGGUUUUGAGUCAUCAUUGAACGCUAUCAUUGAUGGAGAAGAGGAAGGACAGAAUUCACAAUUACAAUAUAAUACAAGAGCAUUGCUCAUGUUGUUAGCGACGUCAAAUGAUUUUAGAAUGGUUAAACUUCAGAUGUUGGUAGAUAUGGUCAAAGCCGAUAGGUUGAAUGAAGAGCAGUAUGCAUCAUCCAUGUCCUAUGUCAUAACAAUGCUAUCGGUAAUGAACGGAAGGACUGAAGGAGAAUAUAUAGAAAUGAUUAUAAACAAUUUUGUACAUAUCACGAUAGAAGAGAACCCAAUUUGGAUGCUGGAGCUCAUCCAACCGAUCAUUUACGCGUUAAUCAAGUUGUUGGAUGUAAAUCGUGAACAUGGUUUCACAUCGAAAAGAACAAAAAGUAUAGUAUUUAAUUACUUGUUGUUCAUUGCCAGGUCCUAUCCCUACCAAUAUACCGAUCGUCUCAUUGAAAGAUUCGUCGUUCAUUUGUACGAGUGGUCGGCCUCUCAAGUCACAGACAUGUCAUUGAAAGAGUGGACAGACACCUACACCAACACUGGCAAUGAAAAUGAAAUGUUGAACCUCAAUGACGAGGAAGAGCAAUGCAGUGGUAUCAGGUCUGAAAAAGAACAUGAUCAGCAGCAACAGAUCAAUGCUGAUUCAAGUUUUCAAUGUAGAUUCCUAAGUGCACACGGUAAUCGUGCAAAAGAUUCAAUUUACAAACAAUCUAACCUAUUAUUAGGAUCGCAACUUUGGAAUGAAAAAUAUGCAGCAUUGGUUGGUUUCGCCAAUUCUUGUAAAUACCUAAAUGGUAUUACAUUACAACAAUUUCAAAUUAUUUUAAAUUCAGCAUUAAAAUUAGUCAAUGAUGCAAGUAUACAAGUUAGAUGGGCAUCAUUACAAUGUUUAGUUCAAUUAUCCCAACAUAAAGAAUUUAUUAAAUCAUCAAGAGAAGAAAUAUUCCGAAUCGGUACCAAAACCAUUCGUCAUCCAAAUGAACGAGUUCAAAGUAGUUCUUGUUUGUUACUUCAAUCAAUGAUACAUUCAUUGACAGUAGAUAAUAAUACGAUGGUCACUGAUGAUGUUUUGGAUGGAUUAUGUCGUUCAUUUGAAAUACUGCUCCAAUCAUCAAAAUUAUAUGUAGUUGAAAAUGUAUUACUAUCUUUAAUGACCGUUGCUGGUACUGUUAAAAAAGGAUUAAAACCUAAUUUUAGAAAUAUCAUUCCAAUUCUAUUAUCAGUAUUGGAAAAACAUCAAAGAUUUGCAACAAAAGAAUCAAGAUUGUUACGGUGUCGUGCAAUCAAAACUUUUACACUGUGCAGCAAGGCAAUGAACAAGAAGACGUAUUCAAAAUACAUGUACAAGUUUAUGUUGUUUGUUGGAAAGAAUGAAGGGUCGGUUGAUUUGGUCGAUGAUUUUUUAAGAGUAUUACCUAUAUUCAUUAAACACAGUGGUAAAUCAUUGGCAGUGUAUUUACCAAUAAUCAUAAAGAUGAUUGUCCAAAUACUAGAGAUACCAUUACCAAAUCUAGCAGAGGAAAUGACUGAAUCAUCAAGACUAGGUACCAAUAGAAUAGCGACGACUCUUAUUCAAUUAAACAUAAUCAUGAGGACUUUUAUGUUUGGACGACCAUACCUAGAAUCGGUUGGACAACAAUUGGCACCAUUUGUACAUUGUUUGUUCGGUCCACUACUCGUCUUGGCUAGGUGUCCAAAUGCAAUCCGCACACUUUUUCAAAUAGAUUCAUUUCACAAUUUAUCCAGCUGUUUAAAUAUAGUAAAGAUGCAUUAUGGUGUGAGUAAUGAAAAGGCACUCGAAAUGUUUGGUAUGAUAUUUGAAUUGGUUCUACCUUUGUGUCUGAUAGAGAAUGACUGGAGAAUGCUGGACCACAGAGUUCGUAUUACAAACAACUUUAUCAUAGAGAUGGAAAAUGAAAUGUCAUUUGAUCAAGUUCAAUCAACGAUAGAUAUGUUUUACAAGUUGGAAACGAGAAUGGAACAAGUUGCUCAGCAAGUGUUGGACGGCAAUCAAGAUGUUAUUGGUAACUUUGAUACACCAGAUGUUGUACUCGCUACAAUAUCUAAAAUAGUGGUUGGUAUCUAUGAUAUGCUUGGCAAGAUGGUCAAGAAUUACAGUGCCAUCACAGUACCACUCAUCACUCAAGAUCUAUUAGACAGAUCAUGCGAGAAACUGCGAGAUGUUGAAGAAAGCAAUAUCGCAAAGGCAGGUAUCCUCAUGUUUAUGUAUGAUUACUGUCACUAUGGUGGUGAGUUGGCUAUCAGCUCUUUCCCACAAAUCAUACCUGCCAUUCUCGAGUGUCUGACAACCACUGAUUCAAAUGUCAGACAGAACGCAUUAAUGGCAGUGGAUGAGGCAGCACAACAUGCUAAGGAUAGAUUCUCACCAUUGGCCAUGGAUGUGUUACAAGGACUCAACGCCAUCGUCUUGACGGACGACAAGUCUAUCACAGGCUAUGCCACCAAUGUCAUGGCCACCAUCAUCCGAUACGUACAACCACAACCAAGUGGUCUUAUCAGUAUCAUUAUUCCAAAAUGGUUGGAUCAUAUUCUUUCCAUCUAUAACUUUUCCGUGUAUGAUAUUGCCAUCUCUAACCUUUGUGCCAUUGUCCGUCUCUAUCCCAACGAGUGUCUAGGUCAAGAAUACCAACAUGUUGACAAGUUGCAUCAAAUCAUCCCACAUUAUAUCAAGAAAUCUACCCAACAACAACAAGAAGAAUUACUAACAGACACCUGGUUGUUUAUCAAAGAUACAAUCAAAUCAAAUUGGCAUAAUAUUCCACAAGAUAUAAAAGACACACUGUCACAAUAUUACAAGCAAUAA